GAAAUCUCACAACAGUUUAGAGAAGAGGUAGAGACACAAGAAGGUAAAGCGAAACACAUAAAUGCUUGUUUUCCACAGAUGAAUCUUCAAGACAAACCACCAGAAGCCAAUCUAACUGGAUUGAUGGAAUUUGUUCUCUUGGGUUUUGCCGAUAUGCCCCAUCUACGGUGGUUUCUUUUUGGGUUGUUUUUAACCAUCUACAUUAUUAUCCUCAUGAGCAAUGGCACCAUCUUUUUAAUAACAAAACUGGAUUCUACUCUCCAGAGCCCAAUGUAUUUUUUUCUAGAAAAUUUUUCCUUCUUGGAAAUAUGCUAUGUAUCAGUGACUCUCCCCAAAAUGUUGAUGAACCUUGGGACCCACAGAAGAAGAAUUUCCUUAGUUGCCUGUGCUACACAGAUGUGCUUUAUCCUUAUGCUUGGAACCACAGAGUGUUUGCUUCUGACAGUGAUGGCCUAUGACCGCUAUGUGGCCAUUUGUCACCCUCUGCACUAUUCUCUCAUCAUGAACCCCACAGUCUGUGUCCAGCUGGUGAUUGGCUCCUGGAUAGUUGGAAUUCCAUUUCAGAUUGUGCAGACAUACCAGAUUUUUUCUCUGCCUUUUUGUGGUUCUAACCAAAUCAACCACUUCUUCUGUGACUUCCCUCCAGUGCUCAACCUGGCUUGUGUGGACACCUCUGUAAAUGAGGUGCUCAUUUACUUGGUGGCUGUGUUCUUUGGUGUCGUUCCAUUUCUGUUGAUAGUUGGCUCUUACAGUAAAAUUAUCUCCACCAUUCUGAAGUUGCCUUCAGCCACAAGCCAAACUAAAGCCUUCUCUACCUGUUCAUCGCAUCUUAUGGUUGUGGGGUUAUUCUUUGGAUCAGGAAUUAUUACCUACUUACGACCCAAAAGCAGUCACUCAGAAGGAACUGGAAAGGUCCUUUCUCUUUUUUACACCAUUCUAACCCCAAUGAUUAAUCCCAUGAUAUAUAGUCUAAGAAACCAGGAUGUCAUAAUGGCACUGAGAAAAUUGCUGUGA